AUGGUUCAUUUUUUGUGUUUGCCCCUCACUAACAACGAGGGUGGCAUUACUAAGAGAGGCGUUGACAGGCUUGAAGUCAGCGUUUGUAGUGACAGUUUCUCUGAUCUGAUCAUCUAUCAGUCACGGGAUUCGUCGCACAUCGCAGACGGAAAGUUCAUGGAGACGUCACUUUUACGCACUGAGGACGACAGUCCAAAAGUGUGUUUGCCCCUCACCAACACCGAGGGUGGCAAGUGUAGAGGAGCCCAUGGACAAGACGCCAGCGUUUCGAGUGAACUUUUCUCUGAUCUGAAAAACAUUCAGGGAUGGGAUUUGUUGUUCUCCGCUGACCAAAUGUCCAUGGAGCCUUUAACUACACAUGCUGAGGACAGCAGUCCAAAAGCAUGUUUGUCCGACAUCCUCACCGAUGGCAACAUCUUUGAGAGGAGAGGAGUCGAUGGACCGGAAGUCGCCGGUUGUAGUGACCGAUUCCUUGAUUUGACUAUCCAUCAGUCACAGGAUUCGUCACUCCCUGAGUACUCUCUGAGUCCAAAAGUAUGUUUGUCCCUCACUGACAUCGAGGUUGACAUUGGAGUCAAUGGAUUGGAAGUUGACAUUUGUAGUGACAGUUUCCCUGAUCCGAUUGAGAUCUGUUCACGGGAUGUGUCACACACUGUGGACGACAGCCCAGAAGAUCAAAAUGGCGAAGGGAGAAAGAAGGCAGGAAUCCGUGGGUUCUUUAAGGGAACUUGUGAGGCUGUGAAACGUCUCUUUCUCCCCAGCCGCAGUACUAAAGUGGAGCCUAUUGUUCCCUCACUGCAGCCGGACAAACCUCGAUCUAAUGGAGGGCUGUCUGUCCCAGUUGUGUCCGGUCUCGAGCAAAGUUCAGGUUCCCACUCGCUCGAGGAUAGACCUGAUGCUUGUCCGGUUGAUGAGGAAAAUGCAGCCGAAGUUUGUUCAGUGCCCGAUCAAACUUUAAACACGGAUUCAGAUUUUCAUAGAAAAGCGCAUGUAUUGGAUACAUCAGACAUAAUGUCUGCGUCCUCUGUGCACAAUGCUGAUGAAGGUGUCCUUCAGAGGAAUGGCGCUGAAUCACUGACAGAACAAAUGCUAGCAGUGCUAGACUCUUUUCUGAAAUCUGAUAUACAGUCUAUAAAGAUGGAGGAUACUUCAUCAGAUGAUAUAGACAUGAACACUGUGGUAAAGAGACACCUGGUAUCUGACACUGUGUUGUCAAAUGAAACUAAUGGAACCUUUAAUGGGAUCAACCCAAAUGUAUGUUUGUCCCUCACUGACACAGAGGUUGACAUUGGAGUCAAUGGAUUGGAAGUUGACAUUUGUAGUGACAGUUUCCCUGAUCCGAUUGGCAUCUGUUCACGGGAUUUGUCACUCACUCCUGUUAACAUGCCAAUGGAUGUGUCACACACUGUGGACGACAGCCCAGAAGAACAAAAUGGCGCAGGGAGAAAGAAGGCAGGAAUCCGUGGGUUCUUUAAGGGAACUCGUAAGGCUGUGAACCGUCUCUUUCUCCCCAGCCGCAGUACUGAAGUGGAGCCUAUUGUUCCCUCACUGCAGCCGGACAAACCUCGAUCUGAUGGAGGGCUGUCUGUCCCAGUUGUGUCCGGUCUCGAGCAAAGUUCAGGUUCCCACUCGCUCGAGGAUAGACCUGACGCGUGUCCGGUUGAUGAGGAAAAUGCAGCCGACGUUUGCUCAGUGCCCGAUCAAACGGCGACAGGAAUCCGUGGGUUCUUUAGGAGAACCUGGUUGGCUACGAAGCAAACCUUCUCCUGCCUAAGCAGCAAUACAAUGGAAAGAUCUCCAUCUUAUCAAAAACUGUUUAAGCCCACUGAUGGAGAUGUUCAGUCUUACUAUAAAUUGGGUGAUAUCCUGGGAAAAGGAGGAUUUGGGAUGGUCCGUCGGGCAACCCGUAUUUCUGAUGGUCAAGAGGUCGCCGUCAAAUUCAUGUCCAAGUUGGAAGAUACGCGUACUCUUUCGAUUCCUGGCCAUCGCAAACGUCUGCUUACCGAGGUGGCUCUGUUACUUAAGAUGAGCGAAGCACCCCUAAGCCCAAAUGCCAUCAGAAUGUACGAGUGGUUUGAUGAUCCCAAGGAUGUGAUCGUGAUUAUGGAGUACCCUAAGCCCUGCAAAAGCUUGUUGGAUUUCGUCAUAGAACACUCAUGUCCACUGAGUGAAGACACAGCACGUGUUUUAAUGCGUCAAGCAGUACAGGGGGUAAUCGACUGCAUUGAUCACGGCGUCUUUCACAAUGACAUCCAUCUAGGCAACAUGCUGGUCAACACGAGCACAUUAGAGCUCAAGUUGAUUGACUUCGGUUGUGGUCAGUUGUUCUCUCCUGCUGGCUACAAGACUAAAAAGUAUCGAGGAGUACCAAGUUACUGCCCACCCGAGGUCUUAUGCAACUCCAGAUAUCACGCCAUCCCUACAAACGUCUGGUGUUUAGGUUUGGUCCUGUAUAAAAUGGUCAAUGGGUGUAUAUGGAUGCCAUAUGUCCAAUCAGAGGAAGUCCAAUUUUGGAAUACCAGCUUAUCGGAAGGCUACACGUAAAUGGACUGGACAUCACACAGGACUGACCAGACCUCAUUAACCUACUGUUAACGUUUUUUUUAUUUUUUAGUUAUGUUAAAUUGUAUUUAUUAUUGUAAUAAUUUGAUUUAAGCUUUAUUACACUGAUGUAUUGUAAAUAAAAUUAAAAUCAUACAUAUGUUUAUUAUUUAAACCAAUGUUUUUUUCCUAAGUCAAACUUAAUACACCAUGGUGUUGUUUCCCAGACCGGGUUUAUAUUAGCCUCAGACUUAAAUGCAUGUUUGAGCUGCUUUAAUUUAAAAAUACCUUGAACUGACAUAUCUUGCAUCAGUGCAUUUGUUUUGUCUUAAGAUGCACACCAGUUUUUUUUUUUUUUUUUUUUUGUAAAUUUUGUUUGUAUAAAUUACUUGAAUGUCCUAGUCCUGAAUGAAUGUAAACACUGUCUAGGAAACUGACCCUAAAUAUUACUGAAAAAACUGAAAUGUAUUUUCUUGAAUGUCUCAUUGUUUAAAUAAAUUGAGUAUUUUUUCAAAAACAGAUUGUUUAUUUGAGUGCAAGUACAAUAAAAAUGGCUGUAACACCGGUAUUACCCACAUUAAGUUUAUUUUAAGAUUUAUUUUUAACAAACAAUUAUUACAUUUAAGCAGUAUAUUUUAAAAUAACCAAUAAAACAGCAUUUUUUCAAAUUACAACAAUAGAUGUGUUUCAAAAUAUUACAAAAAAAGGCAAACUGUCAGGGUUUUGUCUUGUUCAUGUCUUUUAUUUUGAAAGUGUUCACUGCCAUGUUUGUCUCUUGUUUCCCUGUUCCCUUUUGUGGCAUGUUCUGAUUCUUUGUCCGUAUAUAAGUCAUCUUGUUACCAUUGUUCUUUGUUGGUUAUUAUUUGUUGUAAGAUUUGUUUCAUGUUUAUGUUAUGGAUCUUGCUCCUUGUUUCAUGC